UGAUAGAACAAACUUUUGGCUGCAGAGAUGGAUGCAGAGAAGGAGGAGAGAAGAGAUUGAUAGGCAAGCAGGUCGCUGGCAUAACAUGUGAGCGAUAUGUCAAAACGGCUUGUUUUGUUGAUAAAUGGUCCAAAAUGUUUUCAGUAUAAGACAACUCAGGCAAAGAAUGCUUGCAAGGUACCUGGCGCUGGUGUGUUGAUGUCUGUUAAUAAUUUUGGUCCACAGCUAUUGGGAUGGAUUGCCAUUAAAUAUUGUGGAGAUGUUCAUGGUGCCCAGAGGAUGAAUCUCACUGACUUACUUUGACUUAUGGCCAAAUACCUCGUCCUCAGCUGUACUUUGUCUUUUGUGCUAGUUUGCUAAAACAUUAAAAUGAGAAAGUGACCAUGGUUAAAUAUCAUACAUGCUAAACACUUUAGCACUGCUGUGCCUACAUACAGCCUCACAGAGCUGCUAGCAUGGCUGUAGAAUUCAAAUAAAACACCCUUCGUAGUCCCAGAGUCCUCAAUUGAUGUAAGUAUUCUUGUCAUUUUAGUUUUCAUUGUGGCAAUUUGGGCUUAUUUUUAAUUGUUCAGUUAACUUGUAAAUCAGUUUCUUCUCGAUCAAUAGUCCAAUUACAUUUUAUCUUGUCAUUACUCAUUUCCCACCAGUGAUAAAGAUGAUGUCAUUUGGAAAUAUCCUAAUUCUGUGUGUCACAUCAGUGAUUAACAGAGAAUAUGACUAUGAAAACAGGAGCCUUUCUUGACUGCCAGUGAAGUUAAUGGUCAACAACCAACACGUGGCACCGAAAUACUCUUGCACUAAAACACUUAUCUGGCUUGGUGUUUACGAGAAGGCCCCCUCUCAUCUCUUGUGGUGACACUCUUGGCUAUCUUUAAGUGGGCAGCAUCUGGGUGUGUGGGGGUGACAACAGAGGUAACUGGCUGUCAUGUCUGGAGAUGCAAGUUGUAUCAGAGGCUUGUGACAUGCUAGGAGGAGGUGUCUGACCGGAGGGCUACUCAUCUUCCAAAUCUCGCCACAGGAUCUGUUUGGUGUUGCGUCUUAAAAUAGCCCAACAGAGAGUAUAAAGAGACCCACACAGGGAGGCUUGUUGAUACACAGGGAGACACUGGACCUCAAGUGAGCCACUCUGAGAAGCACAACUUGAUCUUUCUGUGGGAGUGUGAUUGAGCUCUUUUAAGAAGAUCUUAAAGACAGGUCAGACUUAAUAUUUGUUAGGGUGUUGCUGGAUUUGAGCAAUUCUUCAGAAAUGUCAACGGUAAAUUGAACUUCUAACCAGGAUGAAAUAUUGCCAGUGCCCCAUGUCCCAGACUAUGGGAAUCAAGGCCCCGGACUGUAGCAUCCCAGUCGGGUGCAAAAGCGCUGCUUCUCUGAAGCCACUCCGCAGUGUGCACUUCCCCAAUGACAUUGUUUUCUUGGACUAUGUACGACACGGGGAGCUGGAGAGGAUUGGACUUUUUAUACGAGCCAGAAGAGUCAACCUGGACACCAUCUACCACUCCGGCAUGGCCGCCAUCCACGAGGCCGUCCUGUCUGGGAACCUGGAGUGUGUGAUGCUGCUGGUCAACCACGGAGCAGAUGUCCACCAGAGGGACGAGGAGGGAUGGACCCCACUGCACAUGGCCUGCAGCGACGCCUUCCCACACAUUGCACGCUACCUUCUCAAGCUGGGUGCUGACCCUGAGCUGGAGAACGACUGCGGGGAGAAAGCGUCUGACCUCAUUGACCUGGACAACAAGGAGCUGCUGGAGCUUUUUGGGCUGGCAAUCAAUGACUGAGAACAUGUUGCUUUUCAAGCCCCAAACUCAUCUGAAACCUAGUGCCCAGUCAAUCGACUGUUCUGCAGGGAUGGACAGAAAAGGCCACGUCAGUUUAGCAACCGGAUUUUGUGAGCUGCCUCAGCUCUGGAGGUCAAAGACUGUGGAUGUCUGGAGAAAAGAGAGCUGCUGGAGCCCGUCGGCUGCCUCCUGACUGGAGGGAACUUUUGCUGGUAGGGGCUUCCCCUUCAACUCCAGCAAUGCAGAUGUACUGUGUCCUGUGUUUAAAUACCAAAAUGAAGGGAAUGAAUCAUCUGAUUUGUUGAUUGGACAGCAGAUGAAAAUUAGCCACUCUGGCUCACUUACAAUUUUACUGUUGAUUGGUGUGCAUUACUGUAAAAUAAAAUAAACAAUUAAUUGGGAUGCUGCUGGAAUUGUAGCUUCUGAAUCUUGUGAAACUCUUUCACUGAAAACUGAGA